AUGGAAUACAAAACCCAGUUCCAUCCCUGCAGCAAUACCCCAUCGCUUUUCCAGUCACAAGAAGAAUUUGGUCAGUGUGCUACUGCUACGAUGGCCCCUGAUCCACACCCAUGGUGCCCAUUUAUCAAGGAGGGUGACUACUUGUUUGCUGAAAUAGCAUUGCAAGUGGGCCUCAAUGUGUCACAGAUCAAUGGGCUGCUUUCCCUCAUUUCAUGCAUCGUCCAAGGAAAGGCAAAUUUUACACGACACAACAUGACUGCACCUUAUAAAGGAGAGAACUUAACAUUCCCAGUUUAUGCAUGUUCAUUAUGGGAGUGGGCUCUUGAUCUCUUAUUGAACCCCCUCCUUGCAUCUCACUUCAUCUGGGAUGCCCAAUGGUAUGAGAGAUUCUACUCAGAACCAUGGACUGGUGAUCGCUGGUGGGACAUUCAAGGUUAUCCUGUCAUAGCUCGUUGUGGAAAUCUGCCCAUGAACAUCAGGAAUGGAGAGUGCUUUGGUGGUGGAUGUGUCAUCAGCUGGUUGCCUAUUGUUCCCGAGUCUGCCAAAGAAGAGGGGAAGACUGGCUACACCAAUUACAAACACGUUAUUUGGCAUGAAGCAUUCCUUUGUAUCAUUGAUAGACUUGCCAAACUCUCAAAGCUAGGAUACAAAUAUGAGUGCUAUGAGAAGAUCACUCAGUGGCUCUUUCCCUUGAUUCUCAUCUUAUCUGCUGAUUAUGAAGAACAAUGCAUGAUGAGCCUAAUUCGAGGCACGAAGAGUAAACAUCCAUGCCCAGUUUGUUUGGUUCCCCUUGAGGAUUUAUCCCAGCUUGCCAAAUCAUUUCCAACAUGUACCAUAAGACAGGCAAAAGAAGCCCUCACCAUCUAUCAGGAAAAGAAGUCAGCCAGUGAACCGAUCCUCAAAGCCCUUGGGCUUUGGCCAGUUGCGAACAUUUUCUGGAAGGUUGAGAACUCGGAGCCGGAGGAAGCUGUGAGCUUUGACUGCCUCCAUGCUCUGCAUGAUGGUCUUUUUGGGCACCACUUACUCGAAGAACUCAAGAUUCUUUUAAGCAAAUUACCAUGUAAGUAUGCAGCACAACUUGAGGAGCAGCUUGCAGCAUUUCCAAGCUGGCAAGGUUUGGCACACUUCAAUGGCAUCCUACAUGUAAGCUAUGCUGAUGGGAACAAACUCCAAGAUCUCGCACGGCAAACCUUCUAUGCUGCUUUGAAUAUUCUGACAAACGACAUAAGCUGUGAAGGCUACCAGCUCCUACAGAUGCUCCGCAGCUACUUAGAAUUGGACAGUCUCAUUGGGCUGGAUGUGCACACUGACAAGACCCUUGAAUUGAUAGAGAGGGAGCAGUUGGUUUUCGGGAGUGAGCUAAAGCUAGCAGAACACCUCAAAACGGACUGGAAUUUUCCAAAGGUCCAUCUUUGGAAACAUGUCAUGUGGGACAUUUGGAAUAAAGGAGCAGCCCAUAACUACAGCACUCGGCCCAACAAGAAAAUGCACAGCUCACUUAAAGAUGCAUAUCAGGACUGCUCAAAUGGUAAGGACAUUGCCAUUCAGGUCCUUCAUGUCGACCACCACCACUUAGCCAUGAAACUAAUUAGGAACCAGGUGGAUGCUGAAGCCAAUCAUACACAGCAAGAUCAUGAUGAUGAUGAUAUUGACAGCGGGGGUGAUGAGGAUGUCCUCAUGAGUUUCAGUGAGCAUGUUAAGCUCGGUUCACUGCAGUCACUGAAGAGCAUUCAAUCGAUCAUUCAUGAUCAUGCUUCACAGCAAGAAUUCCAAGGUUUCCAUCAGAAGUUUACUUGGUUCAUCAAUCAGUGCCUUCCUAUCUACCUCAAUCGCAACCAGAAUUCUUGGAAAAAUAUCUCAUUUGCCAAAAUGUUCCAGUUGCAGGAACAUGCUUACCUCAAGGUCAAUUACAAAUCAAGGAUGGACUGGUGGCAAGCUACCAACUACCUAUGGUGCAACCCUUCGUUCCACGGCAAGCCUCGUUAUGACACUGUCCUCUUUCAGCUUUUGCAUAGUGAGAUUGCUUUUGCUCACUUGGUAUUCAUGUUUUCAUGCAAUAUUCCUGACUUCAGCACCUAUCAAUUUGCUCUCAUUUGCCCCUAUACAGCCAACAUCAAUGUGGCUCGCAGCUCCUUUGACAAUGCCUUCAGGCUCGCACACAUUAAAGCACAUCCCCACACAGUGUCAAUAUUCAUCCCCAUCCAGUCCAUUGUUAGGGGAGCGUUGCUGUACCCUGACCCCAAAUAUAAAGACAAAUAUUUUGUGGUGGAGCACAUCGAUGGAGACAUGUUUUGUCACGUCAACAAGUGGAACGGGCAUCAUCUAGACCAGGAGUAA